CUUUGCUUUAGUCGAUUAACUGAAACGAAACUUUGUGCACGUUGUCCUUUUUACAAGAAAAAGUGUGUGUCUUGUUUUAAACAGUUUAAAAAAAAAAAUAUUUUAUUUUAACGUUUUUGAAUUUCGUUUCAAAAUUAAAAUUAUGAGUAUCUCUUUCAUUGGCUUUGCCGAUCACAAUUAUAUUGUAAGUGUGUGAAGUGUGAAGAUUGAUGUGUGGAUAGAAACGGGUCCGGGUCCAGAUUAGAGAUUCCCAAACUACUAGCUGCAACUUUAUGAUCAUCGUCUUGGUUGCCUUAGCAGGCAAUCCAUAACCAAAGUCAGCCACAAAUAGAUGGAGAAAAUUAAUACAACAUUUUAAGACCGAAGUAUACCAGCAAAAGCCAAUAUUCAAAAAGGGAGCAGUAUCAACUCUAACAACGGUUUCUAAACUUCCAAUAGAAUACUGCAAACAUGAUAGCGGCUCAAAUUCAAGGCUCAACUCCGAAUAACGAUAGUGAGGCCAGCAGCACAAUUGUCAUUACAAUCGAGGCAAAUGAAAAAACUCCACUUUUGGGUGGGCCCUGGAAGCAAAAUUCAUCUUCAGGAAAUUACCCACAAAAACUUAAUGGCAGUGGGCUGGAAGACUUAAAAUUUUGUGAUCUCCGAGUGCUUGGUAUAGCUGUAUUAUUGGCUGGGGGUUUUACGAUUGCAACCUAUCUUCUGGUUACGGAAUCUCGUCUACCAACAGCACGUUUCGCGUUGGAUCUGGUUAACCGCGAUGUUUGGAGUGAAGCAGUUAUUCCUUUGGGUAGGCUCCUUAACGAUUCGAAAGUUUUGCAUAUUCUAAUGGUACAAACUGGUGGGCAAAUAUGUUUGGAACUCGAAACCUGCAUGGAUAUCCUCAGAAAUAUGCAGAAGUCCCAAGGAAAUGUGCACAGUGAAAUACCUUACAAUUUCCUCAUUGGCGGUGAUGGUCAAACUUACGAAGUGAGGGGAUGGAAUCAUGAGAGUGGACUGAGUAUCUUGCCACAACAGUCAUCUUUGGUAAUUGGCUUCAUUGGUAAUUACACUUUCGUUCCACCGACUGACACCCAGUGCACCAGUGCUUUGUCUAUUGUUAAUGAAUCUAUGCAAAGGAAGAAACUUCACAACUCCUAUCAAGUUUUCGGACUGAGGAAUCUAUCAAUCUCACACUUUGACGGCGAAGCGCUCUUCAAUCGUAUAUCGAAGUGGCAGCGUUUUGUUACUCUAUUGAAUGUUUUGUAAACUUUUUUUAUCGAUGUCUUUUGUGAAAUAAAUGUUGUUUUGAUUUCAAUAAUAGAAUAUUUAUUUUAUUAGUUUAUUAAAUUAAUUUCUAAAACAAUACACAUUAUAUUUUAUGAAGAUUCAGGAUAGUAUGUUC